CCGCCGGCCGGCUAAGCCGCGAGGCCGAGGCACGCCGCUCCCUUCCCGGCAGGCCCCGCGGUCCGCGCAGCGCCUGUCAUCUCUAUGACCUCUUGUAAGUGUAAACAAUGGAGGACCAGGAGAACCAAGUGCAACUCCUCAGUGAAAAGCAGGUGCCUAACUCUGAAAGCGGUUAUGUGUGGCAUGUCACCGAUAUGAAUCGACUGCAACGUUUCUUGUGUUUUGGUUCAGAAGGUGGUACUUACUACGUCAAGGAGCAGAAGCUGGGCUUUGAAAAUGCAGAGGCUUUAAUAAGACUGAUUGAAGAGGGUAGAGGUUGUGAAGUUGUUCAAGAAAUAAAGACAUUUAGUCAAGAAGGCAGAGCAGCAAAACAGGAGCCCUUGCUUUUUGCUCUUGCAGUUUGCUCACAGUGUUCUGAUGCAAAAACGAAACAAACGGCAUUUAAAGCUGUUCCUGAGGUGUGUUGCAUACCAACCCAUCUCUUUACUUUCAUCCAAUUUAAAAAAGAUCUGAAGGAGGGCAUGAAAUGUGGCAUGUGGGGCCGUGCACUGAGGAAAGCUGUUGCAGAUUGGUACAAUGGAAAGAAUGGCAUGGCUGUUGCUUUAGCAGUUACAAAAUAUAAACAAAGAAGUGGUUGGUCUCAUAAAGAUCUUCUGAGGUUGUCCCACCUCAAACCUGCCAGUGAAGGAAUUGCUAUAGUCACUAAAUACAUUACCAAAGGGUGGAAAGAUGUCCAAGAGGCUUACAAAGACAAAGCAGUUUCUGCUGAGACUGAAAAACUCUUAAAGUAUCUGGAGGCUGUGGAGAAAGUAAAGCGCACAAAAGAUGAAUUGGAAGUUACUCAUUUAAUAGAGGAAUAUGGUCUAGUUAGAGAGCAUCUUCUGACAAACCAUCUGAAAUCUAAAGAGGUUUGGAAGGCAUUGCUGAAGGAGAUGUCCAUUUCUGUCUUGUUGAGAAAUUUAGGAAAGCUGACAGCAAAUUCAGUGCUUGAACCAAGAGGUUCAGAAGUGGCAAUAGUAUGUGAAAGACUGAGAAAUGAGAAACUGCUAAAAAAGGGUAGAAUACAUCCAUUCCAUAUUUUGGUUGCAUUAGAAACCUAUAAAGCUGGUCAUGGAAGCCGAGGGAAGCUUUGGUGGCGUCCUGAUGAAGACAUUUUAGAAGCUUUAGAUGCGUCAUUUUACAAAACUCUCAAGACAGUUGAACCAACAGGAAAACGCUUCUUACUUGCAGUUGAUGUCAGUGCAUCAAUGACACAAAAAGUUUUGGGCAGCAUGCUCAGUGCUAGCACAGUUGCAGCAGCAAUGUGUAUGGUUGUAGCACGUACUGAGAAGGAUUCCCAUGUUGUUGCCUUUUCACAUGAAAUGGUCCCUUGUCCAGUGACAGCUGAUAUGACGUUACCUCAAGUAUUAGUGAAAAUGUAUGAAAUUCCAAUGGGUACCACUGAUUGUUCCCUUCCAAUGAUAUGGGCUCAAAAAACUCGGACAGCUGCUGAUGUCUUCAUUGUAUUUACUGAUAAUGAAACCUUUACUGGAAAUACUCAUCCCGCAACAGCUCUUAGAGAGUACAGAGAGAAAAUGGGUAUUCCUGCUAAAUUGAUUGUUUGUGGAAUGACCUCAAAUGGUUUUACGAUCGCAGAUCCAGAUGACAGAGGCAUGUUGGAUAUAUGUGGCUUUGAUACAGGAGCUUUGGAUGUUAUUCGAAACUUCACUUUGGAUUUGAUUUAAUUUUCUAGGUGUUUGCUCUUCCCAGUGGGUCCAUUGCUGGCAACAGACUUCACCCUGGGAAUUCCCAGCCAAAUAUACUUUAUUAGAAUAUGGCACAUUAUAUAUAUAUCAGAAUGUUACGUUUUUGUGAAGGGAAAAUAAGAAAAGCAGAUGAGAAAUCUCUUUUCUCUUUUUUCCUGUUGCACACAAUUUAAAAUAACAGUGUGAAGUUUGCUAACAGUAGCUACAGGGUUACACAAUACAUAAUUUAAUUCAUUUAUAAUAGACUAUAAACACUGAGAGAUUUUUAAUCCCCCCCCCCCCCCGCCCCAGUUGCUGUGGAAUGUUUGUUUGCAAGAAUAAAUUGGUGAAUUACUCUUAGGAAAAAAAAGUGGGGUUUUUAAUAAUGUCAGUUUAACAGCAACUUCGUUGAGAGGGAUUUUUCUUUGGGCUUUUUUUAGUCUUUGUAUUUUAAACAAAUUACUAAGGUUCAACAGUUUCCAUUGUUACACUGCAAAUCUACAAAACAAGUAUUUUCUGGUACGUAUGAGACCAUGUGACUGUGAUGCAACAUAAAAGUUAGCCAGUGAAAUUUUAUACUGAUAAAACUGAAAGUGGAAGAGCUUAUGCUAAUCUUUUUCUAUCUAGAUUAUCAUCUGGGGUUUCAGGAGUAAAGUGUAAUUCUCUUUAGAUAAAUUGAGGGGCAGUUGCUGUACAAUGCAAUUUCAGAAGCACUGUUUUAGAAUUAAUAUGCUUUAUAGGAAGUUCUAAAAACUGGUUUUAGUAGAAAAAGACCUUGGAAAUGGCUGGGAAGCCACAUUCAGUCCGUGUUACAACUUCAGGAAGCAUCAGCACACUUUCAGCCAGAAAGAUCAACAAGGGCAUGUGUCUUGGCCUGCUCUUGAAACCUGAGUGGUAACAACCAGAAACAAAAAGCUACUUUUUCUUCAAAAGAAUGCAUUCAAUGAUACAGAAACAAUCUUCCUAACAGGAGAGUAUUUCAUUUUAUAAAACCUGUUUGUAAAUAAAUGUUACUUCUGAUUUCGUAAAUUAAUUCAAGCUAACAUUUUUCAAAACUACCUCCAGUUUAUAGGGACCAAUUCUUAAAAAUGUACAGUUGCCUCCUUCAUGUUCUCAAAAUCUUGUUAAAGAAGUGAUUGAAACUGGAUUUUUAUUU